AUGUCCACUCUUAUCCUUGCCAUGGAACUGGAGACGCCAAAGGUAACCGUCCCGUCAGCACUUUCGACUUUGGACUGGCACCAUUGGAACCUGGCAUGGAAACUCGGUGGAAAAGUGUGUCGAGUUCGACCGACGCAGACCCUUUCCUUGCGGUGCCUGGGCGAUAGGUACUCCGUACCGAGCUAA